AUGACUCCUUCACUCCUCCUGGCUGCCCUCUGCUUGGGGAUAGCCUCAGCUACUCCAAGACUUGAUCCCAGUUUGGAUGCAUCAUGGUACCAGUGGAAGGCAACGCACAGGAGACUAUAUGGCGUGAAUGAAGAAGGGUGGAGGAGAGCAGUGUGGGAAAAGAAUAUGAAAAUGAUUGAACUGCAUAACCGGGAGUACAGCCAAAGGAAACAUGGCUUCACCAUGGCGAUGAACGCCUAUGGGGACAUGACCAAUGAAGAAUUCAGGCAGGUGAUGAACGGUUUUCAAAGCCAGAAGCACAGGAAGGGGAAAGUGUUCCGAGAACCUCUCUUUGCUUCAGUACCCCCAUCUGUGGAUUGGAGAGACAAAGGCUAUGUAACUCCUGUGAAGAAUCAGGGUCAAUGCGGUUCUUGUUGGGCUUUUAGUGCAACUGGUGCCCUUGAAGGACAGAUGUUCCGUAAAACUGGCAAACUUGUUUCUCUGAGCGAGCAGAACCUGGUGGACUGCUCUCACUCUCAGGGCAAUGAGGGCUGCAAUGGUGGGCUAAUGGAUAAUGCCUUCCAGUAUGUCAAGGACAACAAAGGCCUGGACUCAGAGGAAUCCUAUCCAUAUCUUGGAAGGGAAUCAGAUACCUGUAACUACAAACCUGAGUAUUCUGCUGCCAAUGACACCGGCUUUGUGGAUAUCCCGCAGCGUGAGAGGUCCCUUAUGAAGGCAGUGGCAACUGUGGGGCCCAUCUCUGUUGCUAUAGAUGCAGGCCAUUCAUCGUUCCAGUUCUAUAAUGCAGGCAUAUAUUAUGAACCAAACUGCAGCAGCAAAGACCUGGACCACGGUGUCCUGGUGGUUGGCUAUGGCUCUGAAGGGGGAGAAUCAAACAGCAAUAAAUUUUGGAUUGUCAAGAACAGCUGGGGUUCAGGAUGGGGCAUGAAUGGCUACGUAAAAAUGGCCAGAGACCAGAACAACCACUGUGGAAUCGCCACAGCAGCCAGCUAUCCCACUGUGUGAGCUGAUGGACAGUGACAAUAGAAGCCUUGAGGAUGGCACAUCCAGAGGAAUUUUAUCUUUAAACUGAUCAGACCCGUAUUGUGUAAGAUAAGAAACUUGGAUCAUUAAGGAUCCAAGUUGUGAUAUGAAUUCUGUGACAUUUUUAUAAAGGUAAAAUGUUACCAGUACUUUAAUUACUAUUAUAAAUAGCUUUAUAAUAUUGAAGACUCCUGGUUUAAUUCUAAGACACUUGAAUUUUCAUUUUUUAAAAGGAUAUAUAAAAGUUUACCUUUUAAAAUAAAUUUUAAUUCAAUAUGUA